AUGAUGUUUCAGCAAAAUAAUUCUACGAGUAUGAAUAAUAAUAACAAUUCAAAUACUCAACCGUUUACAAUGAUGUUGAUAAACAAUAAUAAUAAUACUUCGAAUAAUUCGAAUAAUAACAAUAGUAUGGGUGCUACCAUUGUUCCUAACAAUAACAUGAUGAAUAAUAAUGGCAAUAAUAAUAAUAACUUUAUGUUCCUAACACCGAAUACAAACAAUAACAACAAUGGAAAUGGAAAUUUCAUUGCAAUUGAUCCAAAUCAAUUGAGUCCCAGACAACAACAACAGCAACAACAACCAAUUAUCUAUCAAUUACCAUCUAAUAAUAAUAAUGUACAACCAAUUAUGAUUAUUAAUGGUUCGACUGCCAAUAAUAAUCAGCAACAACAAUUUAAUAAUUCAAUUCAAUUGGCUGCCUCUCCAAAUAAUAAUCAAAAUCAAAAUCAACCAACUUUUAUUAUCAAUCCUUCAAAUUUGAAUAAUUCCAACGAUUUUUCCCUUUUCGAUGGAAAUAAUAAUACUAAUGAGAGUUUAAUGUUGUUACUUGGUGGUAAUAAUACUAAUAAUAAUACAACAACUAUUAAUGCUGGUAAUAAUAGUUUUAAUACGAUUGAUACCUCACUUUUGGAUGCCUUCAACCUCCAAAUGAAUAACAAUUCCAACAUGGAAGAUUUUGAUUUUCUUGGUACUAAUACCAACAAUAAUUCAAUGAAUAAUAACAUGAUGAAUAAUAAUGUCAUCAUCAAUGGUCAACCAUAUAUUGUUGCCACCAAUGGUCAAACUUCCAACUUUAUGAAUGAUAACAAUAAUCAAUUCAAUACUGUAUCCAAUAAUAACAAUGCACCUACCAUUAUCUUCCCAGUUGGCAAUCAACAAACCAUCAUUCAACAACAACAACCACAAACACAAAAUAAUGAUCUCUAUCAAUUGCUCUCAUUGCUCAAUUCUCAACCACAAUCAUCAACAUCAUCAUUUGGUGGUGUUGCUACAAAUGUCAAUAAUAACAAUACUCAACAAAUCUUCAAUUCCAAUUCUCAAUCACAACCACAACAACAACAACCUAAUUUCAUAGUUUUGGCACCAGCAGAUAAUGGCAUGCAACAAGUGCAACAACAACAGCAACAACAACUUGGAAGUAUCAUCUUCCAAACUCUGGCAGGAAAUAACAAUAUCUUCUCCAAUAAUGCUCAAGUUGACACUACUCCAUUUGCCAGUUCUCAAAUUGAUAAUACCCUGUUUCAAGUUUUAGGAAGUUAUUUGGCCUCGAGUUCUGAUCACCAGAAUUUGAUCUCUACUUGGUUGGAAAAAUUCAAUCCACAACAACAAGUCAACCAAUCUGAAGUGCAACAAAUGGCCAAGAUUCUUGUUCAAUCCAUGUCAGAUGAACAGAAGAGAAAACUCUUCUCUGUUGUCUUGCCAGUCCUAGAGUCAGGCAUGAAUAAUUCCAACAAUUCCAAUAAUAAUAACGGUAACAUGGUCGGUGGAGGUUUAGUAAUGAAUAACAAUAAUAAUCAAAUGAUGAAUCAAAAUUCCAAUAACAGAGGAUUCAAUAAUCAACCUCAAAAUAUCAUUAUUCAACCUCAAAAUAUGAUGAGUAAUCAAUCUCAACAAAUGAGAACUGUUAUUGUUAAUCCAACUGUUGAGAGCACAAUGGCUCAAAAUAAUAUUGUAAAUGUUAAUGAAAUUUCUCAACAAAUUCAGGCCUUAUCACUCCAAUCAUCGAGUAAUAUUUCACAAUAUCAACAACAAGGCAGUAACAGAUCCAUGUCAGGCAAUAAUCAAAUUACUUCUCCAAAUAAGAAUAAUUCUGUUAAUAACAAUGCAAACCAUGGCAUGCCACCAAAUGCUGGAUCAAAUAAUACUACAUUUAUUUAUGAGAAUUAUGCAGCACAAAAGAAUCAAGCUAAAGGAGGUUCACCAAUGAUGCAAUCUCAUGUCAAGUCCAAGAGAAACACAUGGACCAAUUUCUUUAACAAUUUCAGAAGUGAAAUUUCCAAUGAUAAUAAUUAUAAGAGUUAUUCGGGAGAUACUCCUAAUGGUUCUUCAGUAUCAACUCCUCCAAAUCCAACAGUGACCACUCCAACCAGUGUUCAAAGUCCUAAUGUUUCUCUCAAUAGUUUACCAAAUUCUCCAAGUUCACAAAACUCUGCCUCAAUUCAAAGAAGAACAAAGAGAAGCAACUCUGCUGGGCCAACUAACAGAAGAAAGAAGUCAAUUGAUAGAAACAAUGAAGAUGACUUUGAUUCUUUCAAUAAUGAAUUUAGACCAACCUCCCCAGCAGCCCUCAGUGACCGUAGUGGUGGCUCAGAUGGAAGUGCAACAAGCAGAAGAUCCAACAGUUCAGAUAAGAGAAGAAGUAUUGAAAAACAGAGAAAGGUCAGAAGAAGUAUUGGAGGAGGAACUGGUCGUAGAAACAGUACCAACACGCCAGCUUCUCUCGAUCAAUUCAAUGAACUGUUUGAUACAGGUUUCAAUGAUAAUAAUAAUAUUAACAACAACAAUAUGUAUCAACAACAGCAUCAGCAACACCAUAAUGGUGGUGGAACGGAUGGAGGAGCUGCAGUUGAUGAAUUGGAUCUGGAAGGAUUCUACAACGAGCACGAACCAGAACAAAGAAAUGCCAUAGUAUUCGAAAAGAAUUGUUUCCCAGAAUUUAACGACGACAAGAAGAAUAAGAAGAAUUUCAAGAUUACACUUGUCAACUUUUUCAAAAAGAAGAAAUAAAAAUUGAUCAAUCAGUAAC